AUGCUCUCCGCUUUUCCUCAUCUCGACGACGCAGACUUUGAGCGCGCCUGCGAUGGGCUGCAGCGACGCUUCCAGCUUAAGGGUAGCGCGCAGGAAGACUGGCUAUCCGUGGAGAAGAUCCACCGAAAUGGGACCGUAUAUCUCAACAUUACCACGCAUCUGCCGCGCCCUGCAGGUAUACCUGCUGUGCAGGAUCGAGACGCUACUGAAGUGGAUGAGGUAGUAGAGCACGACGAGGAAGCUCUCGACACCACCGUAGUACCCCAACCGGUUGUAGACUACGAUGUUGUUUUGUCACAAGUCUAUCGCGUGCCUGUGCUGUACAUCAGCAUUCGUGACCCCCAGCACCGGUAUCCCCCAACCAUGACUACCUUGUACGAGCAUCUGGUCCCGCUGCAGUUCAAGGCACAGACUGAGAAUGUUGGUGUCAUUGGAGGCAUCACUAUUACUGUGAGACAAGCAACUGCAUGCGCGGUAUCGAACUGA